UUCACACAGCCAAAGACCUCUCUACGACCUGAUUAUAAGAACACAGAAAACUUCAGCACAUAUGUUACCUUUUAAAAAUUUCAUAAGAGCAUUUCACACCUCUAAGGUAUUCUUUUAUGACAUGAAAAUUGCCAUAAUUGGACAGAGUACCUUUGCUAGUGGUGUUUAUAAACUUUUAAAACAAGAUGGACAUAAAGUAGUUGGAGUAUUCACUGUUCCUGACCAAGGAAAUCGUGAAGAUCCUUUAGCAACAAUAGCAAAAGAAGAUGGAGUUCCAGUUUUCAAAAUUUCUCGUUGGCGUCAGAAGGGGAAAAUUAUUUCAGAAGUUCUGGAUAAAUACAAAUCUGUUGGGGCAGAACUCAACGUUUUACCAUUUUGUACUCAGUUUAUUCCCAUGGAGGUGAUAACACAUCCCUCUAACCAAUCCAUCUGUUAUCAUCCAUCACUUCUUCCAAAACAUAGAGGAGUUUCAUCUAUAAAUUGGACUUUAAUUGAAGGUGAUACUAAAGCUGGUUUUACAAUAUUUUGGGCUGAUGAUGGUUUGGAUACAGGUCCUAUACUGUUGCAAAGAGAAUGUGAUGUGGAUAUUAAUGAUACUGUAGAUACUCUUUACAACAAAUUUUUAUAUCCAGAGGGAAUUAAAGCAAUGGCUGAAGCUGUAACUAUGGUAGCUAAUGGUACUGCACCAAAAAUACUUCAGACAGAAGAAGGUGCAAGUUUUGAGCCUGCUUUAAAUAAAAAGGAGCUUUGUCAGAUAAAAUUUUCUGAAUUAACUGGAGAAAGAUUGCAUAAUUUUAUUCGUGGAAUGGAUAAAGUACCAGGUGCUUGGACAAUUCUUGAUGGAAAAUUUGUUCGUUUAUAUGGAUCACAGUUAUGGAAUUCUCAACCUAAAGGAAUGGAAGUUCAAGUAGAAGGAAUGCAGCAAAAUGGUAUUAUACAUGAAAAUGGAUUAAUACUCUACGGGUGUGAUGGAAAAAUGGUAAAUGUACAAAAAUUAAUGUUAGAAGAUGGAAAAAUGAUUCAUGCUGCAAAGUAUGGUCAAACAGAUGAAAUGAAGGAAGAUAUAGAAUUAACUGAAGAUGAAUUACAAAUAGCUGAAACAUUAAAAAUUAUUUGGAAAGGAAUUUUGUGCUUAGAAAUAGACAGUAAAACUGAUUUCUUUAAAAGUGGAGCAGGGUCAAUGGAUGUGGCCAGGUUGGUUGAAGAAAUUCGAGAAAAAUGCGGAAUUCAAUUAGAAAAUGAAGACGUAUACAUGUCCACUCAGUUUGAUGAUUUUGUAAAAAUGGUAAUUUUAAAAUAUAGAGGUGGAUCUGGUUCACCUGUUCUAAUUUUCGAACCAUUUUGUUUAAAUGCAAACAAUUUAAAUCUCAGUUUUCCUACUCAAUUAUUUAUUAAUAAUCAAUUUGUUGAUUCAUCUGAAGGAAAAACUCUAAAAUCUAUAAAUCCUACAAAUGAAGAGCUGAUAUGUGAAGUUCAGUGUGCUUCUAAAGAUGAUGUUGAUAAAGCAGUUAAGGCUGCUAAAAUAGCUUUUGAAUCUGGUGAAUGGAGAAAAAUGAAUGCUAGAGACAGAGGAAGAUUGCUUUAUAAAUUAGGUGAUUUAAUGGAACAACAUAAAGAGGAAUUAGCUACAUUAGAAAGUAUUGAUUCUGGUGCAGUUUAUACUCUAGCAUUAAAAACUCAUGUUGGAAUGUCUAUAGAUACUUGGCGUUACUUUGCUGGCUGGUGUGAUAAGAUUCAAGGUGCUACCAUUCCUAUAAAUCAUGCUAGACCAAAUCAUAAUCUUACAUUAACAAAGAAAGAACCAAUUGGAGUUUGUGCUAUUGUUACACCCUGGAACUAUCCUUUAAUGAUGGUUUCUUGGAAAAUGGCUGCAUGCUUAGCUGCUGGAAAUACUGUGAUUAUCAAACCAGCUCAAGUUUCACCAUUGACAGCAUUGAAAUUAGCAGAAUUGAGUGUUCAUGCAGGAUUUCCACCUGGUGUGAUUAAUAUUUUACCUGGAAGAGGUGGAGAAUGUGGACAGGCUUUAGCAGAUCAUCCUGAAAUAAGAAAAUUAGGUUUUACUGGUUCAACUCCUAUAGGACAGCAAAUAAUGAAAAGUUGUGCUACUUCAAAUUUGAAGAGGGUUUCUUUAGAAUUAGGUGGUAAAUCACCACUUAUUAUAUUCUCUGAUUGUGACUUAGAAAAAGCAGUAAGACAAAGUAUGAGUGGUGUUUAUUUCAAUAAAGGUGAAAAUUGUAUUGCUGCUGGACGUUUAUUUGUUGAAGAAGCAAUACAUGAUGAAUUUGUAAAUAAAGUGAUAGAAGAAACAAAAAAAAUUGCUAUUGGUGACCCAUUAGAUCGCUCGACUCACCACGGACCACAGAAUCAUAAAGCACAUCUAGAUAAACUUUUAGAAUAUUGUGAAAUUGGAAUAAAAGAAGGAGCUAAACUUGUCUAUGGAGGAAAACGGUUAAAUAGAUCAGGUAGCAUAAUUUAAAAACAUUUUUUUUUUUAAGUUGUUGACUUCUACAACAUGGNUUUUAAUAAAUUUUAUUAUAAAUGAAUUAAUUUGAAAGAUUUCUUUCCGUAUAGUGAUAUCGAAGGAGUUUUAAGACGCGCGAAUGCAACAGAGUUUGGUUUAGCUUCGGGGGUUUUCACCAGAGAUAUAUCUAAGGCGAUGUACGUAAGCGAUCGCAUUGAAUCCGGAACUUGUUUCGUCAAUUGCUAUAAUAAAACGGACGUCGCCGCUCCUUUCGGAGGUUUCAAACAAUCCGGAUUUGGCAAGGAUCUCGGUGAAGAAGCACUUAAUGAAUAUCUCCGGACAAAAGCUAUCACAAUAGAAUUUUAAAUGAAGAUUUAAUAAAUGUUUAAUAAAAGAUGCCAAAAGAGUUCACCUCUUCGAAGGGAAAAUAAUUAAAAUAAUUUUGUAAAAAUUGUAAAUUUUACUAAUAAAUAUAUUCUUGAGUG